AUGGGCUCAUCUAACGACGGGAAACGAAAUCUUCUCAUUGUUUCAAAUCGCCUUCCAUUAUCUGUGAAACGGGUGAAUGGUGCCUUUGAGUCCUCUAUCUCGAGCGGUGGCCUUGUCACCUCUCUCUCAGGAUUGACCAAGUCCACCCAAUUCCAAUGGUUUGGCUGGCCGGGACUUGAAGUUAGAGACCCGAAGGAUCGGGAGGAUGUACAAAAGAGCCUGGAAGCUCACAAUGCCAUUCCCAUAUUUCUGGACAGCACCCUGGCCGACGAGCACUAUAAUGGGUUCUCGAACCGUAUCCUCUGGCCCAUUCUCCAUUAUCAGUCAGGCGUGAUCUUUGACGAUACUCCAUGGCAAGCAUAUCGGCGAGUAAAUGAGUUAUUCGCAGAUGCAAUUGUGGACUCAGCAGAAAAUGGAACGCUAAUCUGGGUUCACGAUUAUCAUCUGAUGUUGCUCCCUGAGCUUCUCCGCGAUCGACUAAGGGAAAGAGGUAAAGCCUGUGCCAUUGGAUUCUCCCUCCAUACGCCCUUUCCAGCCAAGGACUUUUGGAGGAAUCUUCCCGUUCGGAAACAUCUUAUAGAGGGACUGUUGGCUAGCGAUUUGAUUGGAUUUCAUACGGACGAGUAUAAGCAAAAUUUCAUCGAUGCAUGCGCUGGUCUCCUUGAAGCACGCACCGAGAUCCCCAACCAAAUCCAGUAUAAGAAUCGUCUGGUUUGUGUGAACAAGUUCGUUGUCGGCAUUGACCCCCAAAAGUUCACUGAUACUUUGCAAAAGCCCGAGGUACAAGAGCGCAUUCAAAAUCUCAAAGAACGCUAUAAAGGUAUCAAGAUCAUUGUGGGUGUCGAUCGUCUGGACCACAUCAAAGGCCUCACGCAGAAACUCAAGGGCUUUGACGCAUUCCUUGAUGAUCACCCGGAGUUGCAAAACAAAGUCGUCCUCAUGCAAAUUGCCGUCCCUAGCCGCGAGGAUGUAAAGGAAUAUAAGGACCUCGAAACGGAACUCUGCACAUUGGCUGGAAAAAUCAAUGGGAAACAUGCCACCCCGGAGGGAACUCCGCUGCUAUACAUGCAUCGCUCGGUCCCAUUCAAUGAAUUGACAGCAUUGUACUCUGUGGCCGAUGUAUGCCUUCUCUCCUCCACCCGAGACGGAAUGAACCUCGUGGCGUUCGAAUAUGUUGCUUGCCAGCAAGAGCGUCACGGCGUACUCGUUCUCUCGGAAUUCGCUGGCGCAGCGUCAUUUAUGACCAACGGCAGUAUCCCGUUCCAUCCUGCAAAUACGACGGAGAUGUCUGAGGCGCUCCACACUGCACUGAAUCUGAAUGCGGCCGAACGCAAGACGAAGUACGAGUAUCUUCGGGACUUCAUCAAUACCAACACAAGUGCGAAAUGGGGCGAGACCUUCAUCGACAAACUAUCCCAACGCUGUAGACGCCCCGAGGACCCGUGUUGA